AGCCCCGGCCGCUAGCGAGGCGGCGCCGGGACCCUGCCCAGCCCGGAGCGGGAGCGGAGCUCGGCCGGGCCGGGCCGGGCCCGCUGGAGAAGCCCCGCCCGUCUCCCCGGGGGGGCCAUGGCCGAGCGGGCCGCUGCCCAGGCAUCGGAAUGGGACACAGAGGUACAAGCUCCCCUUAUCCCAGAUGUAAGUUUUAUGAAAGAAACCCAGCUGCAGACUGCAGCUAUUUCCUUGUGGACUGUGGUAGCUGCUGUUCAAGCUGUGGAGAGGAAAGUGGAGGCUCAUGCUAUGCGAUUGCUGAAUUUGGAGCGGAGAUCAGGAGCAGCUGAGAAGAAAUUUGUGGACUGCGAGAAAACAGUGGUAGAGUUUGGUAACCAAUUGGAAAGUAAGUGGGCUGUGCUGGGAACUCUGAUCCAGGAGUAUGGGCUGCUGCAGAGAAAACUGGAGAACAUGGAGAACCUGCUGAAGAACAGGAACUUCUGGAUCCUAAGAAUUCCCCCCGCUAAUAAAGGAGAAGACCCAAAGGUCCCAGUGGCGUUUGAUGAUGUCUCAAUCCAAAUUCCCCGGGAGAAGUGGGAGAAUUUGGAAGAGUGGCAGAAAGAGCUUUACAAGAAUGUGAUGAAGGGCAACUAUGAGUCUUUGAUCUCACUAGAUCAUGCCAUUUCCAAGCCUGAUAUUUUAUCGCGGCUUGAACAAGGGGAGGAGUUCUGUGCUGGGGAGAUGCAGGACUUGGAAGUGCGAGAGAUCCCUACAGAGUCUACCACAGAUGUCAUUCAUGACUUUCCACCUGCCCCAGGUACUUCUGUCUCUACCGGUCCCAGCACAGAAUCUCCCAUUUCUACCACGGACAUUAUGUCAUGGAUUAAACAAGAAGAGGAGCAGAGCACACGGGCUCAAGAGAAUGCUAAGGAACAAGAAACACAUAGAAGUACCAGCACCACAGAUGAUAGGAUCUUGAUCAAACAUGAAGAGCGUCCUGAGGAGAGAGGUCCUGUGACCCAGGAACCGCCUGUGACCUUAUCAGGAAGAUCAGAAGCGUGCAUUUUCCAGGCUCCAGAAUGGGACACAGAGUCAUGGUGGCCAAUGUCUUUGCAGCCACCUGCUGUCCCUGAAGAAACUUCCCUGAGAGAAACCCAGCUGCAAAGAGCAGAGAUUUCUUUGACUGUGGUGGCUGAAGUUCAAGCCGUAGAGAGGAAGGUGGAUUCUCAGGCUGCACAGUUGCUGAAUCUGGACGGGAGAAUGGGGACGGCUGAGAAGAAACUAGUUGGCUGUGAGAAAACAAUGGUGGAGUUUGGGAACCAGCUGGAGAGUAAGUGGGCGGCGCUGGGAACUCUGAUCCAGGAGUACGGGCUGCUGCAGAGGAGGCUGGAGAACAUGGAGAACCUGCUGAAGAACAGGAACUUCUGGAUCCUGAGACUCCCCCCAGGCACUAAGGGAGAAGUCCCCCAGGGAUGGGAGAGUGCAGCCAAAUGGCAGAAGGAGCUUUGUGAGAACGUGAUGAAGGGGAACUUUGAGACUCUGAUCUCCAUGGACUCUGCGAUUUCCAAACCCAGCAUCCUGUCCUGGAUUGAAGGAGAAGAGGAGCCAUGUACCGGGGAUGAGCCGGAGGAGACAGAAAUCCCCAUGGAGCCCAGCAUGGACUCUCCGGUUCCUACACAUGAGAUUUCAUCCUGGAUUAAACAGGAGGAGGAGCUGUGUAUCAAGGAUCAGCAGGACUCGGAGGAGAGAGAGAUCCCUGCAGAUCUUAGAAUGGAUGUUGAGCUCACGAUCAAAACAGAGGAGCAACCUCCUGAAGAAGGCCCUAGCAACCGAGAGCCACCUGGGCCGUGGCCAGGCCGAGCAGAGGAGAGAGCUUUCCAGGGUGCUGAACAGGAAGCAGCUGUUGGGAGUCCUGGCACUUCAAUCAGCUCCCCAGGUAACAACCUGGGGGAACUUACUCAGCAUGAAAGAGAACUCAGAAGUGUUGCUGCCCAUCCCAGGGGCGAUGCAGGAAUAGCCCCCUAUGCAUGUGCCCAGUGUGGGAGGAACUUCACUCGGAAGGACGUUCUCCUGUCGCACGAGAGACUCCACACGGGGGAGAGGCCCUACACGUGUGCUGACUGUGGGAAGAGCUUUAGCCUCAAGAUCAGCUUUGUGAAGCACCAGAGAUGCCACACCAAGGAGCGGCCCCAUCCGUGUAACGAAUGCCAGAAGAGCUUCAAAUGCCACUCGGCGCUCGUGCGGCACCAGAUGAUCCACAGGGGAGAGCGGCCGUAUAAAUGCGACCAGUGCAACAAAAGCUACAGCCGCAAGGAGCACCUCCAGAACCACCAGCGGCUGCACACCGGGGAGCGGCCCUUCCACUGCGCAACCUGCGGGAAGAGCUUCAGUCAAAAGUUCGUGCUUGUUUCACAUCAGCGGAUCCACACGGGGGAGUGGCCCUAUAAAUGCACGGAGUGCGGGAAAGGCUUCAGUGAGAAAUCCAAGCUGACCAGCCACUACAGGAUCCACACCGGCGAAAAGCCCUACAGCUGCGCCCAGUGCGGGAAGAGCUUCCGCCUCAAGGUGAGCUUCUUAAGGCACCAGACGAGCCAUGGCAGUGAGAAGCCCUACCCAUGCACUCAGUGCGGCAAGAACUAUAGCUACCACUCAGGCCUCCUCCGGCACCAGCUGAUCCACGCGGGGCAACGGCCGCAUCAGUGCAACAAGUGCGGCAAAAGCUAUGCCGAGAAAUACCGCCUGCGGAAUCACCAGCGUGUCCACCUGGACGAAGGACCGCAGCGGUGCGUCCCAUGUGGGAAGAGUGCCUCGGAGAAGCAGGACCUCCUGAGCCACCAGCAGAGCCAUGCCGACGGACGCCAUCAGCACACCAUGUGCGAACAAAGCGUCUGGCUCGUGGAGAGCGGCUUAAAGCACCAAAGAAACCACAGCAAAGAGAAGCCCUACAAAUGCAUUGACUGCGGGAAGAGUUUCAAGUGCCAGUCGGAACUCACCCGCCACCGGAGGGUCCACACGGGGGAGAGGCCUUACGAAUGCACCAAGUGCGACAAAAGCUACAGCCAGAAGUACCAUCUCCUCCAGCACCUGCGCGUUCACACGGGGGAGCGGCCCCACCAGUGCAGUGACUGUGGGAAGAGCUUCAUCCGGAAGGAACAUCUCCUGAAACACCAGCGGAUCCACACCGGAGGGAGGCCUCACCAGUGCAGCGAAUGCGGGAGAAGCUUCCACUAUAAGCAGUUGCUGAAAGACCAUCAGAAGGUGCAUAAUGCGGAGCCAGAUCACCUGGAGGCUUCUCCAAGGACUGAAGCCUAGGUUCCUUAAUGCAGAAAUGGGUUCCGGCCUGCCACUUCUAACACGCAAUGGAAAUACAGUACAGCGGGUCUGUGAGUUAACACACGAACCAUGCCCUGAUCUGGCGAGCACUUAGGUGCAUGGUUAACUUUAAGUGUGUGACUUCAAUGGGACCAGUCACAUCCUUAGUUUUUUUUUGCAGGUUUGGGCUCCAUGUCUGUAUAUCUCAUGCAGCAACCAAAGCUGCUGAACCUCCUCAGAGCUGGAGGAACAUUCACUGCCAGAGAUCGCUCACCCUUGGGGCUGGGAGGGAGCCAACACGGGGAGAAACCUGAGCCCUCUCUGGCAGACUGUGCUAACCUGGAAACUGACUAAAACUUUUGACAGCUAGAUUUCCCCCCGCCCCCCUCCAUGUACAGCACGGGGGUCUCUCUCAUCCUCCAGCUGGUGUCUUAUGAGAAUUCUCAUCUCAGAUUUGUUUUAUACAUAGAGUUUGUGUAUGGCCCCCGGGGUUUCAGGCUUGCACGUGUCCGUUCUCUUCUAGCUAGGAGCUGUACGCUACUUGUGUUUUACCACUGUUCCCAUGUGAGGUUCUGGAAAGACUCUCUAUAGAAAAACAGAGGGUAAGUGAGCUAUUUCCCACUUGAAUGUCGUCUUCUAGAGACAGGACAGGACUGAUCAUGCAUGGCCUUUGGGGCUGGAGCCAGCCCUAUCCCGGCCACUCAAAAUAGGUUCUUUGGGGUGAGCACUGGAUUGGAAGUCAUGCGUUCUAAUCCUGGCUCUGUCUGUCUGGCCUUGGGCUGUGCCUCCAUGGAGAUGAUCCGGGGCUCCCUCGUUACGGUGCUGUCAGCAUCAAGCGAGUGCAGGGGUUUGAAUGGGUGAGCUGCUCAGUGUUCGAGGCAGUGUUUGCAUUCCUGCUGCUACUGGCUCGUGGCUGACCGCUGUGGCGGCACGUGUCUCUUCUAGAAAGGGGAAUGAAGGACUUGUGUAGAGUUGUGGUUCUUCAAUGACCAUCCCGAGCAGGGGCUACUUGUCUAUAGUUUGUGCAAGUGGAAAAAAUACAAGCGAACGCUAGCGAUGCUGUAACAACAAAGAAACUCUUUCAAUGUGGUCUGUAGUGAGAGGGCCGUGUCUGGCUGCUGGCCUGUCUCAUUCCAUUCAGAAUGGAGGAGGGCUUGUACGUGACAUUGGAUAAUGUGUGAUUUUUAUUGCAUUCAUCGGUUAUAAAUUAAAUGUGUUUGAUUUACUAGAUAAUUUGUUUAAACUGAGUUUUGCGUAACUGUCAGAAAUAACGAGAGCCCAAGAGGUGGCGAUUCCUACGUAUGAGCCCAGGCCACGCGGGCAGAUGCUGGGAGGAAAGCAGGACUUGCAACCACAGGGAUCUUGGCAGGAACUACCCUCUUGGUGCUCCCAAACCUACCGAAGUCAUGAGGGCGGGGCUGGGGGGGCUGAAGAUGGACAGGCUUCCCUCUGCCCCCAGCCCCCUCUCGAGUGCUUGGUACUUUCUUACAACGGAGACGUGUUGAUGCAUUUUGAAUCCAUGUAUGACACUAAAUAAUAAAGGAGCAGGUGCAAGACAUUGUGCUUGCAGAGUCCUGACCCCACAUGGCUAAUCUGACAGCAGGAGGAGUCACAGGAGGGAGGAACAAAGACAAGGAAGGUUAUGUCACUGUGUGAGCGUACAGACCCUAGCGUGAAGGUUACAUAGGCGUGUUUAAAUAUACACAGCUGGAGUCUGAGCCCACUUGAAGGAGUGAGUUUAAAUAAACUCUUUAAAAAGC